CUGGGCGCGACCCUGUUCGUAGAGGCCAGCGCCGGCACCGGCAAAACCACCAGCCUGGUCCGGAGAGUGACCAACCUGGUUGCCACCGGAACGACCACCCUGGACCGCAUCGCCGCGAUCACGUUCACGGAAGCCGCCGCCGCCGAGCUGAGGGAUCGAAUCCGGUCCAACCUCGAGGAGGCGUCUGUCGAUGACCGACGCGGCGACGCCGAGCGCGACCGCUGCCGCCAGGGGAUCGCCGACCUGGACCAGGCGGAUAUCCGCACCCUCCACGCUUUCGCUGGCGGACUGCUGCGCGAGCGCCCCCUCGAAGCGGGCUUGCCCCCGUCCUUCGAGACCAGCGACGAGAUCGUCGCCAGCAUCAAGUUCGAGGAAGAGUGGAGCGGAUGGCUUGAUCGCCAUCUGGACGGUGAGACCGACCUGGCGGCUCCCCUCGCUCUGGCGCUGACGCUGGGAUUGACGGUGACCCACCUGAGGACCAUUGCCCGCGCAUUCCAUCAAAACUACAGCGACCUGUUGGCCGUCAGCUUCGACUUGGCAGUCAGCUUCGACGCGCCGCAGUCUCCGCCGCCGGCGGCCCUGGAGACUUUCCGUGAGUCCGUGACGGAACUGGAAAGGCUUUGCGCUUACUCCAAGAACGGCCCGGGUGAUCGGCUGUACGACCAUGUGAUGGACAAACUGGCCGGGCUCCGCGGCCUGCCCGAAACCACCACCGACCAAGCGGAAGGUUACCGGCUAUUGCUGGGCCUGCUUCCACUCCGACAAAGCCGUGGCAGUCAACGCGACUGGAACACUGACCCGGACACCGGCAAGAACGCCUGCGCCGUCCUGAAGGACAUCCUGGGCAAUUUGGAUCAGGAUGCCAACGAGGCUAUUCAGCAGGCUCGCGAGGCGGUCUUGACGCCAAUCCUGGAGGACCUGCGACAAUUGGUGGUGGAAUACGCCCGCAACCGUCGCGCCGCGGGCCGUGCGGAGUUUCACGAUCUGCUGGUCUGGGCUCGCGAAUUACUGCGGGACAACGCCCAGGUCCGUGACUACUUCCGCGACCGUUACACCCAUCUGUUGAUCGACGAGGCCCAGGACACCGACCCGAUCCAGGCCGAAAUUGCCAUGCUGCUGGCCGAGCCCGCUCACUCCGGCGAGGCGGUUGCCAACGGCGACACCCGUUGGGAUCAGAUCAACCCCGAACCCGGCAAGCUGUUCGUCGUUGGUGAUCCCAAGCAAUCGAUUUACAGCUUCCGCCGGGCCGACGUAGGGCAGAUGAAACGCCUGCAAUCUACCCUGGAGCAGUCCGGCGGACGAACCCUCAAACUGGUGCAGAAUUUUCGCUCCCAAAAGCCGGUGAUCGGGUGGGUCAACCGUCUUUUCGAGCAGUGGAUGGAAAAGGGCAAUACCGCCGGUGUCGAUGACGGCAACGCCCAGGCUGCUUAUGACGCAAUGGCCGCGCUCUGGAUCGGAGAUACGGGAAAUUCUUUCGCGCCCCGCGUGUGGGCGUUGGGCAACGAAGCCGUCGAAGCCGCGAUUGGCGAGAUCCGUCAGCUGGAAGCAACGGACAUCGGCCUCCUGCUCCGGCAGAUGGUUGCGGAACCGUGGGAGACCCUGGACCUGACCGCCACUGCGAACAGUGGUCGCGAGACCUACCGCCCGGUGCGCUAUUCGGACGUGUGCAUUCUGAUGCCGCGCCGCACCGGCCUGGCGGCGUUGGAGCGCGGGUUGGAGGCGUUGGACAUUCCCUUCCGGCUGGAAAGCGCAUCCCUGGUGUUCGAGACCCAGGAGAUCCGGGAUCUGCUGAACUGCCUGAAGGCCAUCGACGACCCGGCCGACCAGCUGGCCAUCGUGGCUGCGCUGCGCUCCCCGGCUUUCGGGUGCAGCGACGUGGACCUGCUGCGACACCAUUCCAAGGGUGGGAGUUUCGACUACCUCAGCAACACAUCGCAGGGCCGCGGCGACGAAGCGGUGCUCGGCGGAUUCGAAGCAUUGCGGUCGUUCCACCGCGCCCGCCUGGAUGAUGCCACCGGAGCGCUGAUCGACCGGUUCGUUCGCGAACGCGGGCUGAUGGAAGCGGCCGUCGGCUACCCCAGGAUGCGCGAGCAGUGGCGCCGCUACCGGUUCCUCAUCGAGCAGGCGGGACGCUUCAACCGGGCCGGCGGCGGCACCCUGCGCGCCUUCCUACAGUGGGUGGACGACCAGAUCAGCGGAGGGGCUCGCGUCACCGAGACGCCGGUUCCGGAAUCGGAUGAAGACGCGGUGCGGGUCAUGACUAUCCACGGCUCGAAAGGGCUUGAGUUCCCGGUGGUGAUCCUCACCGGCAUCAACUCGGCGCCGGCCCCGGGCGGCAAUUCCGUCAUCUUCGACCGGGCCAGCGGCAGGGUCGAAGUGGGUGUCGGUCCCGCCCGGGAAAGGUUUGCCACCUCCGGAUUUGAAGAACUCGCCGAACUCGACAACCAAAUGUCCGCGGCCGAGCACAUACGCCUGAUGUACGUGGCAACCACCAGGGCGAGGGAUCACCUGGUAUUGAGCAUGCGCCGGCCGGCAAAGGGGGGAAAGACAACCGCCGCCGUUAUCGCGGAUUACAUGGUGGACCACGACGAUCUGUGGGAUGCGGCGGAACUCAGCGCAUCCGUCGCCCUCCCUGAAACUGGACCCGCUGGGGGCGGGGACCAACUCCCCGCCGUAGAUGAAGCUCUGCAUUCGACCGAACAUUUGGAUGAAUGGGUGGAAGCUCGGCAGCGCACCAUCGACGAAUUCAGCCGACCGCGGUUCGUCGCCGCAACCGCCCUCUCUCGGGUGCACAAGGACGAGGAGCAAGAACCGGACAGUCCCGAACCCUGGCGCCGUGGCCGGGCGGGCACUUCAAUCGGACGCGCCGUCCACGCGGUGUUGCAGUCCAUAGACCUUGCCAGUGGCGAAGGGGUGGAUCACCGAGCCCGCGCCCAGGCCGUCGCCGAGGGUGUCCCUGACCGCGAGGCCGAAAUCGCCCGAUUGACCGAAGUCGCCGUGCACAGCGACAUCGUUCGCCGCGCCGUUGCAUCGCAACGCAUCUGGCGCGAAGUCCCGGUGGCGGCCCCGGUGGGUGACGGUUCGUUGCACGGCUUCAUCGACCUGCUGUUCGAGGAGGAAGGCGGUCUGGUCGUCGUCGACUACAAGACCGACGCGGUCAGCGCGGAACAGCUGCCGGACAUCAUGGGGCGCUAUCGUCUCCAGGGCGGAGCCUACGCCCACGCCAUUGGCCAGAUCACUGGGAAGCCGGUCAAGGAGGUGGUAUUCCUUUACCUGCAGCCAAAGCGUGAAGUCGCACUCCCGGACCUUCCCGGUGCCAUGAACGAUGCCGCAGAAGCAGCCCGGUCGCUAUUGGCAGCGGACGCGGUUUAA